AUGUUGACGACACCAACAGUCAUAACGGCAAAAACGGCCGCACAUUCGCACAGCCAACAUCAACGCAGACAACAACAGCAUCAGCUGCGCUCCGCCACUCAGACGUCAGCGUUGUCUGCGUCAUCGUCAUCGUCGUUGUCGUCGUCAACGUCAACAGCGACGCUGUCAGGUUCGUUAUGUCAACUAUUUAUGACGUUAGCUGAAUGGAACCACGGCAUUACAACCGGCAUUUUCCCCACAAACAACAACAAGCAUACGAUAUUACAUUGGCAACGACCCACCUUCGGACAACGGGACAUAGAUCACAACUUUACAAACCACAUUUAUAUUGGAAAAAGAGGAGGCGUUGAAGUGCAAAUCGAAGGCGGCGAGAAUUAUUUAUAUCUGAAUGUAUACAGAGUGAAACCUGAUAAACCACGUCCCGUUAUGGUUUGGAUUUAUGGCGGUGGUUUUUGUAGUGGCGAAGCCGCACGCGAACGGUACGCAUCCGAUUAUUUCAUGCGCAAGGACGUGAUUGUGGUGACGGUGCAACAUCGAUUGGGUGCUUGA